GUGAGACGGAAUGGAACUGAAGAGAUGCAGAAUCCAGGUCGGAUCCACCAUGACGCGCGCGCUCUGCGUCCUCCUGUGCGCCCUCAGCCUCGCCAGAAGUGGUGUGUGUGCAGACUCAGAGGAGCGUCUGAUGAACUGGCUGCUGGGUAAACAGCGCUACAAUAAACUGAUCCGGCCGGCGCUGAACCGCACCGAGAGAGUGACCGUCCUGCUGCAGGUGUCUCUGGCACAGCUCAUCAGUGUGAAUGAACGAGAGCAGAUCAUGACCACAAACGUCUGGCUCACUCAGAACUGGAAUGAUUAUCGUCUGUCGUGGGACCCGGCGGAGUAUGAGGGAAUCGACAAGCUGCGGAUUCCCUCCAGACACAUCUGGCUGCCUGAUAUAGUGCUGUACAACAAUGCUGACGGCACGUACGAGGUGACGGUGUUCACCAAUGCCAUCGUGCUCUUCAACGGCAGCAUCGCGUGGCUCCCGCCGGCCAUCUACAAGAGCGCAUGCAAGAUCGAGGUCAAGCACUUUCCCUUCGACCAGCAGAACUGCACGCUCAAGUUCCGCUCCUGGACCUACGACCACACCGAGAUCGACCUGCUGCUGAAGUCGGAGGCCGCCAGCAUGGACGACUUCACGCCCAGUGGUGAGUGGGACAUCCUGGCGCUGCCGGGCCGCCGGACGGUCAGCCCGCUGGACGCCACAUACGUAGACCUGACCUACGACUUCAUCAUCAAGCGGAAACCGCUGUUUUACACCAUCAACCUGAUCAUCCCGUGCGUGCUCAUCACCUCGCUGGCCAUCCUGGUGUUCUACCUACCGUCCGACUGCGGAGAGAAGAUGACUCUGUGUAUCUCCGUCCUUCUAGCGCUUACCGUUUUCCUCUUGCUGAUUUCCAAAAUCGUGCCGCCGACUUCCCUGGACGUUCCUUUAAUCGGGAAGUACCUGAUGUUUACUAUGGUUCUGGUGACCUUCUCUAUUAUCACUAGUGUGUGUGUGCUAAACGUGCACCAUCGUUCACCUAGUACCCACAGCAUGCCGGCGUGGGUGAAAAUCGUGUUUUUGGUGCGACUGCCGGCGCUUCUGUUUAUGCAGAGACCGCGGGGACAUUCGGCACGCCAGCGUCUGCGGCAGAACCGCCGUCUGCUUGGAUUGGCUGAUAAUCCUCGCAGAUCUGCCAUGUGUUCGUCUGCGUCUGCACUGCUGGCUGCGUCUUCAGCGUCAGCUCUUUCCUCUCCGGGACUCUUGUAUAAUAAAGUGCAUUUCGGCUCUCGGAGAGCUGAAGGUCUGAAUAAUGGACAGGACCUGAAGGGGAACAGGCUGCACUGUGAAUGGGGAUCUGAGAUUCAGGAGGCUGUGGACGGAGUUCGAUAUGUUGCUGAUCACAUGAUGGGGAAUGACGACGAUCAGAGUGUCAUCGAGGACUGGAAGUACGUGGCGAUGGUGGUGGACCGGCUGUUCCUGUGGAUCUUUGUGAUCGUGUGUGUGGUGGGAACGCUGGGUCUGUUCCUGCAGCCGCUCUUCCAGAACCAGACCCUCGCCGUCCAGCAGCCCAACACCGAGCCCGCCAGACGGGACGGCAUGUGAUGCGAACACUGACUCAAUUACAUCCAUCUUUAAUUCUAUUGCUCUGUUUACAAUGUAGACUGUGUCAAAGCUUCACUGCAAACAAUGCUUCUCUUACUUUUAUUGUGCAGUUUCUAUUAAAAUACCUAAAAAUUCUUGAAUCAGUCAGCAUUUUCUAGACAAGAACAAAAUAUAGUCAUCUUGUUUUAGUAAUGAUAAGUCAAAAUUAAGUGUGUUUUUACUUAAAACAAGCUAAAUAAUGUUCUGAUUCAUUUGACAAACAUGAUUAAAUAUACUUAAAAAUGAACAUUAUAUAAGAAAAUCCAGUUUGCAACAUCAACACCAUAACAAGCUUUCUCUCUGCCACUAGUCAGAAACAAAAAUAAUAAUACUACUACUACUACUAAUAAUAAUAAUAGGGCGUCACGGUGGCGCAGUGGGUAGCACAAUCACCUCACAGCAAGAAGGUUCAGCCUCGGCUGGGUCAGUUGGUGUUUCUGUGUGGAGUUUGCAUGUUAUCCCCAUGUUGGUGUGGGUUUCUUCCGGGUGCUCCGGUUUCCCCCACAGUCCAAACACAUGCGCUAUAGGGGAAUUGAGUAAGCUAAAUUGGCCGUAGUGUAUGAGUGUGAAUGAGUGUGUAUGGGUGUUUCCCAGUACUGGGUUGCGGCUGGAAGGGCAUCCGCUGUGUAAAACAUAUACUGGAUAAGUUGGCGGUUCAUUCUGCUGUGGUGGCCCCUGAUUAAUAAAUGGACUAAGCCGAAAAGAAAAUGAAUGAAUGAAUGAAUCAUAAUAAUAUUAAUAAAAUCCCACCCAACAGCUGGUUCAACCAUGGCUAAGCCAAAAGUAUAUGUCUUUUUUCUUUUCUUUGUGCAUGUGUAUUACUGUGCUGUAUAUGUGUAGAUAAAUGACCAGCGUUCUAACAUUCACAUCAAAUUAAAAAUAAUUUACUUUGCACUGCACAAUGAAAUGACCACACAAACUGUAUAUUUAGUCUCUGCAUAUUACACUGUGAUAGGAGAGAUUAGAGAAGACAUUGUAAACAGAAACGACACAUCUGUAAAUCUCUGUACAUUGGGGGAAAAUGGUGGUAUAUUUACUUUUUCCACUGAAGAAUUUGUACAUUUACAAAAUUACACAGCAAAUGGACGCAACGCACAGCAUUUUAAAGUAGCAAAAGCUGAAAAGGCCUAUAUUUUAUUUACAGUGGGCUGUGUUUGACUGUGUUAUUUAAUCAGAUGUGCGAUUAUUCAUGUGUGUCUUGGGAAAGUCUGAACUCAACCAUUUUAGUUUGUUUUCAUAUUUUUCUGUGCUUUCAGUUGUGUGAAUGGUACACAAUAUGAGUUCAUGGCUUAUUUUCUGGUGUUCUUUGUCCUCUUUCUCUCAUAAAAGCACAUUUGCAGCUGAAUUGAAUGGGGCUUGUGAAUAAAGAGCAAUAUGACUAUACACUGCGCCACCUGCUGGACACAUCAGGCUAUUACUCACAUUGACACAUUCGUUCUGUUGAUGAUCAGUGCUAAAUACUCUUUAUAUUUCAUGGCUUACCAGUGUCAUACAUUA